AACUUCCUCCGCAGUGGAGGAAAGCGGAAGUAGAAGAAGAAACUGGAGGCGGCACAUGUAGUGCGCCUUUCUCACAUAAACAGUUCAAAGGAUGUCUGAAUUUUAACAAUCAUCGCGAUGCCACUAUUGACUCAGCCGCAGGGUGACGAUGAGCAAUACGUGCUGGUGGCCAGCUUGGACAAUGUACGCAAUCUUUCCAACAUCCUGAAAGCUAUCGCCUUUAAAGACCACGCCAUCUUCACCGCAACACCCAAUGGCCUCAAAGUCACCGUGGAGGACUCCAAAUGUCUUCAAGCCAAUGCCUUCAUCCAGGCUGAAAUCUUCCAGGAGUUUACCAUCAAAGAAGAUCAAAUCGGAUUGCAGAUUAACCUCACGGUUCUGAUGGAUUGUCUCAGUAUUUUUGGAGGAACUGCAGUACCGGGUGGUGCAUCAACCGCCCUGCGAUUGUGCUACAAAGGCUACGGUUACCCCUUGACCCUGUUCCUGGAGGAGGGCAGUGUGGUGACCGUUUGCAAGAUCAACACCCAAGAACCCGAGGAGCCGAUUGACUUCGAGUUCUGCAGCAGCAACGUCACAAACAAGGUUAUCCUACUGUCUGAGAGUUUGAAGGAGGCUUUUUCUGAACUGGACAUGACCAGUGAGGUGCUGGAGAUCACAAUGUCCCCUAGCCAGCCUUACUUUCGGCUGUCGACAUUUGGCAACGCCGGAAGUGCUGAUUAUGAUUACCCUAAAGAUUCCGACAUGAUGGAGCUGUUCCAUUGCACCACUACGCAAAGUAACAGAUGUCCAGCAGUAGUUUUAAGGCAUUUGUAUUGAAAAAUGUCCUGUGUUGCAAAGACCGGUGUGCGUCUAUAAGAGGUGAGUACACGAAUCCUCUAGUACUGUUUAGCCUUUAUUGUUGGUUGUUUUUGAGAUGUUAAUAGUUAGCGCCGAGCGCUAAGCUAAUGAGGUAAUUCGUUAACGUGUAUUUCAUGUGCAGAACGUGUAAAACAAUGAUUAAGUACAGCGGUAACACUACAAUCAUGCGAAAUAGUACAGAAAGCUGUGAAAACAAAGUAUAUUGGUUAAGUCUUAUUUCUAAACACACUUUGUUUCCAUAUAAUGUGGAAUUCAAUCCACGUGUGUACUUUUUUUUUUUUUUUUUAUUGUCGAGAGAAAUAAGUCCUCCCUUUAAAAUGGUUAAUGUUUUGUUCUUGUAAAAAAAUAAAAUAAAAAGAAGCUUAAGGGCAGCUUUUUGUUGUAUGGACAUGUUUCCAUUGUUCCUGUUGAAUCAUUAGGAUAUUUUGAAUAAAUAAUAGACAUAAAUUAGUUUGGUUACUUUAUUAAUUAGCAAUGAACGAUGCACCGAUAAUCGCGAUCGUCAAUAUCGUGAUCACCGUUCAAUAUUCGAAUCGUGGAGUGCCUAAGAUGGCACACCCCUAGUGUUGAGAUGGGCGAGGGAAUGUUGUUGAUCUGUGUGCGUCCAUAAAUGUAUUUUCCGUCAUUCUGGAGGGUUCCAGCGAUAGGUUGGAGCCGCUACAUGCGCGGUCAUUUCGUAGCUUUGCCGUUGCAACGGCGGGUAGUCAUUGUUGCGAGCAUUGUUUACAUCAUAUUCGUGUUACACAUUGAUGCCAUGAGGUUAUGUGUUCCUUCUUGAAAGGGUUGAACAGAUAUGUUUAUGUCGCUAGUCAUACUCUGAAAGCCCGGCAGCGUAAACUUGUGACGUCACCGCCCUGCGACGUCAACAACAAUGGCGACCUGCUAGUUAAACUAAUUUUCCAAAUUGUAUAAAAACGAAAACAUCAAGAGGGGUUUCAAUAUCAAAUUAUUUUAACUCAUAAUGUUUAUCUUUUCGGAACUGUAUGUCUUUCUAUCCGUGGAUCCCUUUAAAUAAUUCUUUCCGUGUCAUUCCCCAACCAAAAUAUUUCUUGUGUGAAAUGUUAUUAGAUCACACUUGUGUUUACUACAUGGUUUUUGAUCGGUC